AUGUCAUCUAGACAAUUUAGCCAAGGUAAAAAAAGCCAUCGUGGAGGUCGUGGAGGUCGUGGAAGAGGUGAUGGCGGCGGCGAUGAAAGACAUGAUAUAAAACUUUCGAAAUCUUUAUCGUAUGUUUUACGACAUGGAGCAACGAAAGAAGGCUUAAAUAUUCGUGAAGAUGGGUAUAUCAAAUUAGAGGAAUUGUUUAAAUUACCAAGAUUUAAAGGAAGAACUUUUGAAGAAAUUAAAAAAUUAGUAAAUGAUUUAGAAUUAGAAAAAAUAACAGAUUCCACACAAUAUCUAAAUGUUGUACAUGGAACAUAUUUAAAAAAUUGGAAAGAUAUAGAAUCACAAGGUCUUUCCAAGAUGAAACGUACUCAUAUUCAUUUUGCAACUGGACUUUAUGGUGAUAAAGAUGUUAAAAGCGGAAUGAGACACAAUUGUGAUUUAUUUAUAUAUAUUGAUAUGAGUAAGGCCAUUGAAGAUAAUAUUGAAUUUUAUAAAUCCUCCAACGGAGUAAUAUUAACAGCAGGAAAUGAUGGAAUUUUACCACCAAAAUAUUUUCUUAAAGUUGUUGAUAAACAUGAAAAAAUAUUAUUUCAGAAUUAA